AUGACGGGCAGCAUUGAAACGGGCCCUUCCGGCGGCGCUGAUGUUGCAGAGCAAGGCUCGCUGACGAUCGUCCGCCGCAGCAGCGGCAAAGGAGGCGGCGGUGGUAACAGCAGCGGCGGGGGCGCCAGCGGCGGCAGCGGCAACGGCGCCAAGGCGGGCCCGCUCGCCAGGGGCGCGACCGCUGUCGCUGACGACGACGCCCUCGACGCCGUCGACCUGUCCACCGAUAACCUGCCUGCCGUCGACACGCCGGACGCCUGCGAUAAGGCUGCCCUCAGGCUACGCUGCCUGUUGCGGCAGUUGCAGAGGGGGGAGAUUUCCGCGGAAAUCUUGCAGAAGAACCUCCAUUAUGCGGCACGCGUCCUCGAAGCGGUAUUCAUCGAUGAAACCAAGCGGCUGGCGGACGAGGACGACGAGCUGUCGGAGGUGCAGCCAGACGCGGUGCCGCCCGAGGUGCGCGAGUGGCUGGCGUCCACCUUCACGCGCCAGCUCGCCACGACGAGGCGCAAGGCCGACGAGAAGCCCAAGUUCCGGUCGGUGGCGCACGCCAUCCGCGCCGGCAUCUUCGUCGACCGCAUCUACCGCCGCGUCACCAGCACCUCGCUUAUGCAGUUCCCGCCCGACGUCGUUAAAGUGCUCAAGACACUGGAUGAGUGGUCAUUUGAUGUGUUUGCACUUAGCGAGACAGCCACAAAUAUGCCUGUCAAGUAUCUUGGGUAUGAUCUCCUCAAUCGAUAUGGGAUGAUACAUAAGUUUAAGGUUCCACCUUCCACACUGGAGGCAUUUCUUACACGAAUAGAGGAAGGUUAUUGUCGUUACCGAAAUCCAUAUCAUAACAACCUACAUGCAGCUGAUGUGGCACAGACCGUCCACUAUAUGUUGUGCCAAACAGGGCUCAUGAACUGGCUAACAGAUCUGGAGAUCUUUGCAACCCUUGUUGCAGCUUUAAUUCAUGACUAUGAACAUACAGGUACAACCAACAACUUCCAUGUCAUGUCAGGCACAGAGACAGCGUUAUUAUAUAAUGAUCGUGCUGUCCUAGAAAAUCAUCAUAUAAGUGCCUCUUUUAGGGUGAUGCGGGAUGAGGAAUGUAACAUCCUCCAAAAUCUGUCACGUGAAGAGUUUCGGGAGUUCCGCACUCUUGUUAUUGAUAUGGUUUUAGCAACAGACAUGAGUUUCCAUUUUCAGCAGCUGAAAAACAUGAGGAAUCUCCUGACACUCGCUGAGGCCAGUGUGGACAAGUCCAAGGCUCUAUCACUGGUGCUUCACUGUUGUGACAUAUCACAUCCUGCUAAGCGAUGGGAUCUCCACCAUAGAUGGACUUCUCAACUUCUUGAGGAGUUCUUCAGACAAGGAGAUAAGGAACGUGAGUUAGGACUGCCAUUCAGCCCUCUAUGUGAUCGCAACAACACACUUGUUGCUGAGUCACAGAUUGGUUUCAUCGAAUUUAUUGUUGAGCCAAGCAUGGCAGUAUGCAGUGAUAUGUUGGAAGCAAUUUUGGGUCCACUUCAUUCAUCUUGUAAACCAACAUCUGCUGAAAGCAUCCAGAGUACAGGAUCAGAAAAUGCUGAAAUUGACAGAACUAAGAACGGGUCCACACGGAGCCCAGAACGAGGCCAGAAGUAUACAAUUAAAAAGCCAUGGAUUGGUUGUUUAGCAGAAAACAAGAGGAUAUGGAAGGAACAGGCAGCUAAAGAUGCUGAAGCUCGUGCUCAACAACAACAAAAUGCUGAGGAAAACAACUCUACAGAUGCAAAAUAAAGUCAUUUCAGAACUUCAGCAAGAUCACUGCACUUGACUGAUGAAGCUAAUGAUAUGUUUUAGCUCUAGGCAAGUUGAAGUUUGAACAAAAUAUUAAAGAGCUGGUGAACCUGUUUAGCAAUCAGAAGUGUGUUCCUUACAGAUAUUCAAAAUGUAUGUACUGCAUUCCAAAACCUCCAUUAUGCAGCACACUGAGUUUGUUGUAUCAUAGCUGCAACUGAUAAGCAACUGCAGAGAAAAGAGUGUAGGGUAUCAGGAAGCUGAUAACCACAGAGGGAAACAGAAAGGGGGGCAUUAGUUUUGAAGUGAUUUGAUGUUGAUUAAAGUUCAUUUAAAAUAUGUCAGAAGAUACCUGUAUAAAGCUAUUGUGUUAUUCCAUUUACUCCAAAACAUACUUUUUUCACAAAAUGACAUUAUAAUGAUAAAAUUUUAAAUAUUUUCAUUUAUUUCAUUUUGGUUUGAAAAUAACAGAUUAAAUAAUUAGAUCACUUCUAACAGUGACUGGUGACUUCAUAAAAUCAGUAUUCUCUCACACUGUUAUAUCUGUCUUAUUUUAAUUAAUAUUUGCAUAAAUAUGUCAGUAAUUACACAUUCUUCUUUCAGUUUCUCAGAUGCUAGAAAUGUCUUUGUUAUUAUGUACAUUUUUAAUAUUACUAAUUCAUUUUGUUACAUUUUAAGUAACUCAAAGACUGAUGUUAUAUUUCACUUAUAUUAAGUUCACUGUUACCACUCACAAGGUGCACUUCAAUUGAUUAUUUGUUACAAUCCUGACUAAAAGGAAAAGUGGCUAUCCACAAUUUGGGAUAUUUCUCUGUCUGUUUCGUACACAGUAAAUAUGAGUCAGUUCCUACAGUUAUUAUUAUAAAUUAUGUGACAGAGGAUCAACCAGUGUAACUGAGUGCUCCUUGAUGCACUAUAUUUCUACCUAAAUUAAAAUAAUCUUGUGUUAUUGUAAGACAUUCAGGAAAGGUAUGCUUAAAAAUAUGACUGAAUCUGGAAAUGGUUGUAUCAGGUAUCAUUCUAAUACCAUCAUGGUAGCACUCUUUCUCAAGUUAAUCUUUGUUGUAGGUGUAAUAAUGAGACAUGAAAAAUUACAACUACGACAGAGUAAACAUGCCUUUGUACUUUGGAAAUUCUGUGACAGUACAAUGAGCAUUCCUAAGAAAAUUGAACUCUACUUACCUUGAAUGUCAACACCAAUUAAUUUAUAUUUUAUAACGACUCACAUUGAUAAAAUGUACUUCUGAAUUUUGUAUAUGCUUUUCCAAGCUAUGAAUAACUUUAAUUAGUAAUUUCAUUUCAUAAUAAUUGUUGCUAUUUAAAGAAUGUAAGAGUCAUGAGUUGAGCUUACCAACAGAGUGCAAAUAAGAAAGUGUAGAUAAUGAAAUUCAGUAAAAA